AUGGCGUACAGCUGUCUGCUGUCGCUUGGUUUACGUUCGACGUUUCUCCUUGUUUGUUUACAUUAUGUACUCGGUGAUGUGUACAUGCACAAUCCAAGAGGCUCCAACGACAGAUUAAAUGCUAAUGGCCAAAACAGGCAGAAUGCGAAUCGUUUGUUUGACUCACAGGUAAGUGAAUACAUGGAUUUCACAACUAUAAGUAUAGUGCCAUUUAGUAUAAAGUCCAAGCUCUCUGCAUGUGAUAUGGAUUUCUAUCCUUAUUUUUAUUUUAUUUUAUUCUAUGUUUAUUUGAGGGGCAAGUUACUCGUACACUUUCACAAAUCCGACGUCCGCGUUAAAAGUCCCAAAAAUUCAAGUCAUGUCAAUAUACUUGACAUAGACGUUUUAACUUUUGAGUACAUUUUAAUUUGAUGUCAAUAGCACUCAAUAAAUACCAGGAAUGAAAAGAGCUGGUCAAUAUUAGUAAAUACACAAAACUUGGUGACUAUACAGUUUAAAAACUGUGGCACUAGUGUCCUUUCUAAAAACAGCCUCGAUCCUAUUGAUUUAGCUAGACGUAAAUGCAAUAGGGUCAAAUCGUUACCCACAAAAGAGUCAAAACUACCCCAAAAGAGUCAAAACUAGCCAAAAGAGUCAUUUUGGAGUCGCAUUUUACCCAAGAGCGACUCUUUUGGGGCGCGUUUUGAUGCUGUUUAUGAUUAUUAUUUAAUAGUGAUCAAAUAGUGGCCAAUUAAAAAAAUAUUCACAACUUACAUUAUGUUAUUCAGAACAAUGCAAAAGGUGGUUACAACGUCGGAGAACUCCCUUAUAGAAAUGGAGGUGGCAGCCAAGAUCUCCAAUAUGCAAUGGUAUGUUGGUAUACAUGUAGUGUGUACCAAAAAGAACUAUUUUCGAUGAUCUAACAAUUCAUCCUUUUGGUUUCCCCUUCUGCAAUUACACCACUCGUUUAAUUUUAGUGCAUGUCUUUUCUUGCAGAAAUACUUUAUGAGCGGCAGUAAGUAUAGGUCAUCAGGUGGGCAGUCACACCUCACGAUCGAAUGGACAAACCAGCACGGCUGUGGUCAUGGAGAUCUUGACUGUAAUAUCGUACUACAGUAUAUGUGUCAGGAUAAUCGCUAUGAAUCUUUGGAUGAUACGCGCCGUAAUAAAGAUAUCGAUACGAUUAGAAAUGGUAUGUUUGGAAGUGAUUGGUAAUGAUGAUAAUGAGUUAUUAAAUCUAUUACUCAAGGUAUGCUUGCCAAGCUUCAAUGGCGCCUCGUUUUCAUGUUACUUCCCCAUGCAUCAAACCUUCAUGCGCACCUGCCAUGCUACAACACGCAAACACAGAAACGAGGUCAUUGGGGCAAAAGUGCAAUAAACAGUAAAGUCGCUGAUGAGCCAAAUCAAAGGCUUAUGAUACACGGGCUUCACAAAUAAGGCAUGAGGCACAAAUAGAGACAGAAGAACGACUUCUUGGUUUUUCCUAUAAUUUUCGCGUAAUCGUAUAAGCUUUCAACAUUGAAUUUAGAUAUAGAGAAGUUCUCCAACCUAAUAACUUUAAAUAUAGAGAAGUUCUCCAACCUAAGCAAAUCGCCUACCUACCUACAGCAGGACUGGAGUAGCUUUUAGAGGGGUAGUGCUCUAAUCACUUCUGCCACCUGUGAAAAUAAAUGCAGUGUGUCAGAUGAAAACGUCUUUUUGGUAUCCGCUUACGAAUGCCAAAUAUACUGCGAAUAAAUGUUGAUAUCUAUGAUUUCUUUGUUAUAACGUUUAGGGAGAACCGAGGCUACAAUAGGUUAUAGAGCAGUCAAUAUUAACAGUAAGCGUCAAAAGAAUGACCAAAAAGCUAGACAAGCAAGACUUGAUCGUGGUAUGCAUGAACCUUGGGAAUGGCAUGACAAAUGCAGAAAGCGACAACGAAAUAAAGGUAUGUUAAUAAAGGAAAGCUAAUAAAGGUUAAGCAAGCCUAAAAAGGACUGACAAGUAUAGAGCAUCAGAUUAAGAAAAGGAAGGAAAGCUAACGAAAGUCAACGAAAGGACGCGGCAGCUUUGGGAUGGCUAAGGAACGUUAGAAAACUUUAAAGAAAACGAGAAAAGGCAACAAAAGUAGGACUGAAAGACUAAAGAAGGUCAAGGACGCUGGGAUAGGAUAAGAAAUAUUAAAUAGGGCUAGGAAAAGGCUAAGGAAGGCCAGAAAAGAGAAAUGAAUGUUAGGAAAGGGAAGAUUAGGGAAGACUAUUAAAGCGAGGCUAGGAAAGGUUCAGGAAGAUGGAAAGGCCAAAAAAAUAAAAUAAAAAAAACGUUAAGGAUUUUUUAAGGACGACCGUCUGAGUUUUUGUCUUUUCACGUGUAGGUUUGUUUACUGCUGAUCAGAACAUGAAAGAUAAUAUAGGAAGUACUAGUACGAGACAAAAUCCGAAUGGCAACCGACAUGGUUAUGAAUGCGCUGAAGAACGUGACUACUACCCUUACUGGCACCCCACUGAUUGGAAGGACAUGGCGGUGUAUGUCACCAACAAGGCACAUUGUGCUUUUUAUGAAUAUUUUAGCUUUAACAGACAUCCAAAAGGUAGCGUAUGACCUUUCAAUGAAGUUGAAUAUAACUUGCAAGUUGACAAGAAAUCACUUGCAUUUUGAGAUGCAUUUUAAGAUCAAUGCCUUUUUGUUUAGGUGAAUGCUUGGAGCGGUACCCAGGCAAUGAUGGCUUCAAACAUUACUCGCAAUACAACAACCCAACCGAGUGUAAGCAAAGGGGCGGCGUCUGGACACUGUUCCAUAGCUUCAUUGAUUUUAAAGGAGAAUACAAAGAUAAGGCUAGCUGUGAAAGCGCAUCCACGAACGAUGUUCCACUUGUCUGGGGCAUUCCGUACAGGUCUGAAUAUGUUGAUGCCCUGGCGAUUGAUAAAGCCACCAACAAACCCCAAGAGUUCUGCUUAGUACAAGCUCCUAAACUCGAUUGCCGCCUUUCACCUGUAUCUCGUCCUAAUCACCUCGGGAAUGUUAAAGAUGCCCAGGCCAUGAACUACACCUGGAUAAUUCCUUAUUUCCCGUCUCAAGUAGAAAAACGAUGUGCGGUUAGGAUAAGAUAUAAUAUUUCCACGUAUGAUUAUGAUGGGAAUAGCACCUUCAGUGAUAAAAAUGGCAACAAGUAAGUAUGGAAUUUCAUGCAUGCAUGAUUAUACUUUUUACUAUUGUUUCCAACAAUUCAUUAUUUUAUCACUCAAACCAUACAUAAUCGACAAUGGUUAAUAAAGUUCGAAUAUUAUUAUCCCAAUUUGUAACAGUAUGCAAGGCCAUCUAAUUUAAUUAACGCGCUAUAAAGGAUAAGCUUAUAAAGUAAAUAAAGAUGAAAUAGAAGAUUAAAUUAUUCCAGUAACAUGAAAUAAACUAGCAUGUUUUUGUUUUAAAUUCUAAAGUUCACCUGUGAAGAAUGACCCAGAAGUAAAAUUUCAAACAGAGUCAGGGAGAGAUAACUUCGAAUUGCAAUUGGCUGUAAACACAGCUCAAUUUGGAAGAACUUUUCAAGACCGGAGCCAUGUGAUGGUUCUCAUGCCACGGCAAAGCAAUGGCAACGAUAUUGCGGAUGAUGUUGCAGUAUAUAAUCUUAACGUCCGUGGUAAACGAGGAAACAUUGUUCAAGUUUAUCCGGCUGUUGAGUACGACUUCGUGCCGAAAGACUUAUCAUGUACGAGUAAUGAUGUUGUUCAUAUCCAAUGGACAGGUAAAAAUCUGCGGACUCAUAAAACUAGAGAGGUUCAGAUUUGCCGUCCACUACCGCCACCUUAAUACGCAUCUGAUUGGUUAAUUGGGUAGAUUAAAAGCAUCUGAUUGGUUAAUGGCAACGGUAGCGGUAGUGGAAGUCAAAAUCUAAACCUCUCGAAUUAUGUGAAAAUGUCUUGGGGUCUUUUCCGGUUUCUCCAACAUAAGGUGUUCUCAGGGUGGGUUGGGAUAAAUCAAACUAACCUUUCCAUCGUGUUGUGCUCUGUGUCGUCCUACCUCUACUACUACUACUGUAACUACUUUAACUACUGUAACUACUUUAACUACUAUUUCAACUACAAAAUGGGAAAUUAAAAGUAGUCAAGGCCUUUAUACAAAGGGUCGGUGAUAUUAUUAAUAUUAUCGAACAUGCCUCUCUGGUUGGUGAUAAUAUAAGGUGUUGAUGGUUUCUCGAUAUCUCCUCACCACUUUAACUGUUAUCUUAAUUUCUCACAAAUUUUAUAAUCUCUUACAUACAAUGACUUCAAUUAUGACGAUACUAACUUCACAUGUUUCUAUAGGUUCCACUCGAAAUCCUGGUAAUAAUGAUGGAGAAGGAGCAAGAGGUAUGUUAACAACACCAAUAAAAUACACAACGACCACAAACAACGACGAAGACAAAAUUAAAAGCAACAACAAUAACAAAAAAUUAAUUUUUGAUCAGGUACUGACAAAAGUAACAUGGUAGAAAUCGACGACUCAGGAAUCAACGUAAAGAUUAAAAAUGAUGGAAAAAUGAUUAGCGAAGGUACAAAGCUGAUAUAUACGCCCGACAACAAAAUAAAAUCAAUGGAAGACGUGAGAGUGGCUCUUGCGACUUCAGGAUUUGAUUUCUCCGGGGCGAAACGAGGAAGGCUAGGUAAGGAAAUAUUAAUUUAGAAUUAAUCAUACCACCUUUUCAUUUACCGUAUCUAUUGUGUUGUGUCGUGUUGGGUCGUGUCGUGUCGUGUUGUGUUGUGUUGUGUUGUGUCGUGUUGUAUUGUGUUGUGUUGUGCGGACUUUUGUGGAUGAUACUGUUUAAGAAUAUAAAAGAACUUCGACGUUUCAAGGAAACGUCCUUCGUCUGGAAGUUAGUAACCAACUACGAAGGUUCUUCGCUGGUAAUUAAUCAUCAAAAAAAGUUCCCAGUUGUAUUGGUGCCCAGCUUUGAAGAUUGUAUUUUCUUUAUAUUAGGUGUAUCUGAAAACCGGAGGCUGACUUUUCAAGAUCAACUCAACAACUCUCCUGCUUCGUAUUCGGUUGCGUUAUCAUUUGCCCCUGGAUCGUAUAAGUACAUGUGCACAAGGAACAAUAACUUCAGUAACCGUAACCAAAAAGGAUCGAUCAGAGUAUCUGCAAGCACCAGACCGCAGUGA